AUGAUGAUGAGAAAACGCCAGAAGCAAGAAAAGCUAGAGACUCAUGUCAAGAUCAUACACGGUGUGGGAGAGGGAGGGGAAGAAGGGAAGAAGGAAGUAGAGGAAGAUACACAACACGCCACGAGCGCCAGCGAGCUUCCAUGGAAACAGGAGCGGACAGCAGCGUUUGGAGGGAAGGAGCGGCUGGCUGGCAAGCAACAAGCUCGAGUGAGGAAGGAGCGCCAGAACCAGACCACAAUGCCUAGUCAGUAUGAAUAUCCAUUGGACGAGCCCAUACAGACAUGA